CGCCCUCGUUGAUUUAGGAAAAAAAAACAAAAAAAAAAGGUAGUGCCUGCUGAAUCUGUUUGUUCUUAUCACCACCACCGUCAUCGUCAAUUUUCAACCUCGUUCCCAGUUCUGCGCAAGGGUAGAAGUAUACAGACAGAGAGAUGUCGUUGGAGCCUCCACCAUUUCAAGAAGCCCCACGCUGUGACGUAUGCAAAUGCAGUUUCAACACUUUCCGACGUAGGCACCAUUGCAGAUGUUGUGGCAGGACACUGUGUCAUGACCAUUCAUCAGAUCUAAUGGCUUUACCGCAGUUUGGCAUUCUGACAAGUGUUAGAGUAUGUUCUGAUUGUUUUAACAAUUCUCGAUUGGGAGAAGAUAAAUCACAGAUGACAUUCAGCGGUAGUAACUCAGCGGCGGAUGCAGUUUCCAGAUUAGACAUUCGUGACACUGUCGACGAGAAAUCUGCUCCAGAUUCAGAGCAGAACUCUGUUAUAAAUGUUCCCGAGUGCAAGUGUGGGAUGCCUUUAUGCAUUUGUGUUGCUUCAGCCCCAGAACCAGAUCCCGCUCCUUUGCAGAUGCAUACUACAUAUACAGUCCAACCUCAACCUAGCAGCAGGAGGAAAAAGAUGGACCAGACACCAAAGAAUACAGGUCCAAGUUCCAACAGCAGCAACCCUAGCUCGUUUUUUAAUCCUGGCCACAUGACAAAAGCAAGUGUGAGUGAAUCCAAGGCAAACUAUGAAGUUAGUGGGGAGGGUUUAAGAGAAGCUAUCAAGAACAGUGACACUGCAGCAGUUAGAAAGCUUCUGAGUGAGGGUGUGGAUGCAAAUUACUGUGACAAACAAGGAUUAUCUUUGUUGCAUUUGGCUGCCCUUUUUAAUCAGACUGAAAUAGCUUUUAUUCUCAUGGACAAUGGGGCGAAUUUGGAAUACAAAAAUCAACAAGGAGAAACCGCAUUGGAUUGUGCCCCAACCACUUUGCAGUACAGAAUGAAGCAAAAGAUGGAAAAUGGGGCUUAGUUGAAGUGAAUGGAAUUCAGUAAUGCAUGAAAUGGGCAUGCUCAGUUUUUAUGGUGGCCAAGGUGGUGCAUCCCAGUGAUAGUGCUGUGAACAUCGAAAAACAAUUCAAACAUUUGCAGGAACAUGGUGUAAGAACAAAUGAUGUAUUUAGAAGAAAAUUCGUGUCCAUUUCAAUGGAAUGUAAGUGUACAAGGCAGAGGCCAAGAGUACUACGCCCUGAAGAGCAACGCAGUAUAAUGCAUCUAUAUGGUUGAGGCCCAAAUUUUAUGUGGAGCCUCCAUCAGAAUAAGCAAGAUUUUUUUUUUUUGAAGCAUAAAUAAGCAAGAUUUAUAUAUUACCCACAGACUACUUGGGUAGGUUUAAGAGUAUAGCAAUAUUUAUAUAUUACCCACGGACUACUUGGGGAGUUGUAAAUACUAAAUAUUGCUAUACUCUUAAACCUAUGUAGCUAGCCACUGAAUAGAGUAUAAGGGGCCAUGCUGAAGUAGUUCGGACGCGAGGUUUCCUUCUACGUGCUUCACCUCUAUACGAGGAUCAUGUUUAUUGAGUUUCAAACUAAACUAAGACCUCUGCAUACAGAUCAGAAAAAGAAAAAAAAGAUCUUGUAGGGAGGUUAUUCUCGUACAGAGGCUUACUCUGAAUAAAAGAAAAAUACGUUAUAUA